AUGGCCGCUAUGGUUCGGAAUUCCGUCACUACGUGGCACUAUCUGUCUGGAUUGGUAGAAAAUUUCUCAGCCCAGCAGUAUUGUUCACGGUAUUGUUACACUACCUUAGAAGACUUCCGGCGUUCUCCACUAAAAAGCUGUCAAAUGAGGCAUCAAACUACAUAUGAAAGAGAUCUACAGAAUUUUUACAGUAGCGGAAAUCCGAUAAGAGGUGUUAAAAAACCAACGAUUUUUAAUGAACUCAAACAUUUUCAACUAUUCGAAUACGGAAUGCCGCCUUGUUUGGCCCAUGAUUUGUUUCUUGGAUGUUUCAACUAUGAUAUCAUGCUAGUAUUUCGGCGAUUUAUCAGGAACAAGCUGGUUGGAGAAAAAUAUGUACAAAGUAGGCUGAACUAUCUUUUGAAAAAGUUUGAGUUGAACUCAAGGAUCAACCUUAAUUUUAAAAAGAAGUGUGUCACUAGCAAAGCUAUAGAUAUGUGGCAUAUGAUGCAAGUGAUACCUUUGUUACUAAUCAAGAUCAAAAAAGUUCAAGCUGACCCUGCGUUUAAACUCAUUAUUAUGUUGAAAAACAUAACUGACUUAAUUACAGCUCCUCUGAUCUCUGUAAGGCAAGUUGGGAUGCUAAAACUCGAGAUAAGUCAUUACUUAGAAAUCAGAUCAUCUCUUUUUAUGACUCUUCUACGGCCUAAACACCACUACCUUGCACAUUAUCCCCAUCUCAUCCUUCAGUACGGACCACUUAUGCAAUUCAGUACUCUAAGCGGUGAACGCAAGCAUUCUUACUUCAAAACAGCACUGCGACAUGCAGGAAAUUACAAAAAUAUUUUGAAGCUAUGUAGCGAAAGACACCAGUAUUGGCAAGCGUAUUUAAGUACGGAUAAGCAAAGAUUCAAUGAAAAGGUUGUGUACGAUGGCAUCGUGCGUACCUGUAAUGAGUUAGACGAAAAUGAAAGACAUAUAAUGGAAUCAUUUGAUUGUUAUGCACAACACUACAAAUACGUGAAUUCAAUUAUCUACAUGGGUACUUGUCUCAAAAUUGGACACUGUUUGUUUAUGGAGCAUGACGACUACGAGGAAUCUUUUAAUACCAUUUCGAUAAAAGGAAUCGUUCACAAUGACAUCACCAAUGACAUUGUUGUAUAUGGUGAAAUAAUGAGUGCAACUUAUUUUACGGAACUCGGAAUCCCAGUUGUUGAGGAUGACAAUUGUACCAAAACAUUGAGCUGUGUGAACGUGAAAGACCUGCCGGACAUUACGCCUCUCAAGUUAUAUACCUGCCAGGGAAAUACGUAUUUGUUCAAUAAACAUGCCAUUCCUAGAAAAUAA